UAUCAACGAGUGUAGUUCUAGCCCGUGUCUACAAGGCUCUUGCAUCGAUCGGAUUAACGGCUUUACGUGUUUUUGCAGAGAUGGAUUCAUGGGCACAAGAUGUGAAAUAGAUAUCAACGGGUGUAUUUCUGAACCAUGUCAAUAUGGAGGCUUGUGUUUGGAUUUGAAUAACUCCUAUACGUGCAGUUGCGAAGAUGGAUUCACGGGCACAAACUGUGAAACAAAUAUCAACGAGUGUAGUUCUAGCCCGUGUCUACAAGGCUCUUGCAUCGAUCGAAUUAACGGCUUUACGUGUUUUUGCAGCGAUGGAUUCAUGGGCAUAAGAUGUGAAUUAAAUAUCAACGAGUGCAUUUCUGAACCGUGUCAAUAUGGAGGCUUGUGUUUGGAUCUGGAUAACGCCUAUACGUGCAAUUGCAACGAUGGAUUCACGGGCAAAAACUGUGGAACAAAUAUCAAUGAGUGUAGUUCUAGUCCGUGUCUACAAGGCUCUUGCAUCGAUCAGAUUAACGGCUUUACGUGCUUUUGCAGCGACGGUUUCAUGGGCACAAGAUGUGAAUUAAAUAUCAACGAGUGUUUUUCUGAACCGUGUCAAUAUGAAGGCUUGUGUGUGGAUCUGAAUAAUUCCUAUACGUGCAAUUGCAGCGAUGGAUUCGUGGGCACAAACUGUGAAACAAAUAUCAACGAGUGUAGCUCUAGCCCGUGUGUACAAGGCUCUUGCAUCGAUCAGAUUAACGGCUUUACGUGUUUUUGCAGCGAUGGAUUCAUGGGCAUUAGAUGUGAAUUAAAUAUCAACGAGUGCAUUUCUGAACCGUGUCAAUAUGGAGGCUUGUGUUUGGAUGUAAAUAGCUUUUAUACGUGCAGUUGCAACGAUGGAUUCACGGGCACAAACUGUGAAACAAAUAUCAACGAGUGUAGUUCUAACCCGUGUCACAAUGGUGGCUCUUGCAUCGAUCGGAUUAACGGCUUUACCUGCUUUUGCAGCGAUGGAUUCAUGGGCACAAACUGUGGAACAAAUAUCAACGAGUGCAGUUCUAGCCCGUGUCUACAAGGCUCUUGCAUCGAUCAGAUUAAUGGCUUUACCUGCUUUUGCAACGAAGGAUUCAUGGGCACAAACUGUGAAACAAAUAUCAACGAGUGUAGUUCUAGCCCGUGUCUACAAGGCUCUUGCAUCGAUCGGAUUAACGGCUUUACGUGUUUUUGCAGAGAUGGAUUCAUGGGCACAAGAUGUGAAAUAGAUAUCAACGAGUGCAUUUCUGAACCGUGUCAAUAUGGAGGCUUUUGUUUGGAUCUGAAUAACUCCUAUACGUGCAAUUGCAACAAUGGAUUUACGGGCACCAACUGUGAAACAAGUCGGUUUUUUGCAUUUUUAUUCUCAUCUAAUAGUGUAAUGAAUUAA